AACACACUCCUGACGAUCUUAUUCUCUCCAAAGAAGUCUAACCACUACACAAUUAAUAAAGAAACCUGGGCGUGCGUUGUUUUCUUCUUCUUCGCUUCACCUGGAAACAUUUUGAAUUAUUUUGUGUUUUUUUGCCUCUGAUGAGAAGAAGCAGGCUGAAGAUUGGGGCUCUUGGUUAAAGAUGCAGAACUCUAAGAGCUUUUUUUUGGAUGACUUUCUCGCAGGAUGGAUCGGAGGAGCCUCCAGUGUGGUCGUGGGCCAUCCGCUGGACACAGUGAAGACGCGGCUGCAGGCGGGAAAAGGUUACAAGAACUCACUCCACUGUGUCCUCACCAUCUACAGGAAGGAAACGGUCACGGGGUUCUUUAAGGGCAUGUCUUUCCCAUUGGCCAGCAUCACCGUCUACAACUCAGUGGUGUUUGGCUUCUUCAGUAACACACAGAGACUUAUAAGCAAGUAUCGCUAUGGCAAUGAGCUGCAUCCCUGCGGUAUGCUGGACCUGACGGUGGCCAGCAUGCUGACUGGACUGAUGUCGGUGGGACUUGGAGCCCCCGUCGAUCUGGUCAAGAUCAGACUACAGAUGCAGACGCAGAAUGUUAUGGCAGAAAACUUGCACCUUGCCGGUAACGUAUCAAACGGCACCAACAUCCCCAUGCGCUCAGUCGACAUCCCCAGUCAGAGACUCUACCGAGGCCCCAUCCACUGCAUCAGCAGCAUCCUGCAAACGGAGGGCCUGCAGGGUCUGUACAGGGGGGCAGGGGCCAUGAUCCUCAGGGACGUUCCUGGAUACAUGCUCUACUUCAUCCCUUACACCGUCUUCUGUGACCUGCUCAGGCCGGACGCCACGUCCAGCCCGCAUCCCUGUUCCAUCUGGCUGGCUGGAGGACUAGCAGGGUCUAUUUCCUGGGUCACGGCCACGCCGGCCGAUGUGGUGAAGAGUCGGAUGCAGGCUGAUGCUCAGCUGCAGAGGAAGUACAAGGGAAUCUUACACUGCAUCAUGCACAGCUACAAAACAGAGGGAGCACAGGUUUUCUUCCGUGGAGCAUCGGUCAACGCCAUCCGAGGCUUUCCCAUGAGCGCCACCAUGUUCCUGACUUAUGAACUCUCGCUGCAGUUCUUCAGGAGCCUCUAGGACAGAAGAGACAUGAAGGAAAAGUGCAACACAACAGACUUACUCUGAGAAGAGAGAUGGUGAUGCAGCUGAUGCUAGUUUGUACCGAACACACCGGAGCCUUAAAACACGAACACUUAAAACCCUCUUGUCACAUAAGGAUUGGUGGAUCAAUGAUAUUUUAACUCAUACUGCAAGUUUUGAGAGGUUGUUCUGUUGAAUAACGAGGGUUGGAAGACCAAAGUCAUCCAUGUGCUCCUGGGCAGAGCCUUGGCUGCAGGUUUUUUUUGCACUUACCUUGUGAUUUAAGCUACUUAAAUCUAGUAUUAAUACUUCACAUAGUUGACAUCGGGAAAAAGGAAAGACGUUUGUAAAUCAUUUCAUCCCCAGGAUGGAAUCAAACCGGCGUCGUGGUUAUCUUAUUCAAACUGCUCUACAAAACAUAUAUAUAUAUUUUAAAAUGCUAUCCAUUUAUGCUUUAUGAAGGUGCGUGCUUUUAAACAAGGCUGAAUUUAGCAAUACAUUAAAAUUAUGAACCUGUACCUGAAUGUGGUGCACAUGUAAAAGCACAUGUCAUUUUAAGACACGGAUUAUGGGAAUUUAACCGUUAUAUUGGUUUCUGCUUUUAUUUAUUUGUUGCUCUAUAGAAAGCCGAAAAAUAUUUAAGCUCAUCCAGGAAGAGGGGUCGACACGCAGUUAGAAGAUAUUAACUGAGAAAGCAGCAUUCUGAGUACAUAUCUGUGCACGACACAGUUUCAUUUUCAUUUAAGCAAAAAAACAGAUGCAUGUCCCUUUUAUAAAAAAUACAAUACAGGCCUUCAAAAUCACAUACAGGUCGGGAUCUAACUAUUUUAGAAAGCUUUUAUCGACUGCCCUGAAAUAAACAAAAAAUAGUUUUCAUAGCAUCUCUAAAUUCUGAAUUAGUUAGGUUGAAGUUGUUUUGCAAUUGCUGUUAAAAUGUAUUCGUUAAAAUAUUGAGUGUAGCCCUUGAAGCUGGGAAUACUUCACAGUCGUGUAAAUGCUGCUUAAAUGAAUAGAGGCGUUUCAGUUCAGGUCAGUGUAUCAGGUCAGCCAAUCUGUCUCUGAGGAUGAAUUAUAAAUCCUAUGAGACUGUUUUUAAAAUCUGUAAAUUGCUUAGUGCUAGUGCUAACAAUGCAUGCUGAGUAAAUGCUACAAUAUUGGACACAUUGAUUUUGCAGAUUUACCAAAUAACUCUUGUGUGUGGGGGGCCAUGAGGUUAGGUGGUCAGAUUUGGGAUCAUGUAGUUCUGGGACACAACUUAACUCAGAAAAGAAGGAUUUUAUAAACCGUGUUACUACGUAUUAUCAGACAAUAUUGGUUCUGUGAUUUGAUUGGUUGAAAUUAGGCCACAUUUGAUAUGAAAAUGAACAUCUUGGGUGUAUUUGGAUGUUUAUCAGAGACCCAAAACACCAUUGAUUAUAGGCUGAUUCAAUUUAUCACAAUCUUAUGAGUGUGUGUAAAGGCGAGAUGUGUUGAAAUACACGUUACAUUUGGUUGUUUCUGCUUCAUGUUUGUAACCUGCAAAUCAACCAAUCAAUCAUUUUUUAUCUUUUUCUUUUACAAGAAAGAAGGGAGCUGUGCACUUUGAUCUCAGUGUGAAAGACAUUUGAAUUCAUGCUGAGGAGAGAGAUGUAUAUUUUUAUAAAAGGAUGUGACAUUUUCCACUAGGCUACUAGCGCCCGAUAACUUUCUGUUUUGCUAUUAUAAUUUUUUUCAAUUUGGUUUUCAUUUACUUAUAUUUUGCAGCUUAUAACCAAAAAUCUGAAAUGAUUUUACAUUCACGUCAUUUAAUUGAUAUAUUUUAAUUUCAGAAACCUUUCAUAAUGAAGUAACGGCUCACUCUGUGUGAGUUGUUGAAAAUGUCACAUCGGUUCAUUCACAACAUGAAUUGUUGCCUUUGAGUGGACUGUAUGUGCGCCCAUGUUACCGUCCACUUCUGUAUAUAUUGAUUGUGUUUCUUAUAUUAAGAAAGUGUAUCGUAACUUCACAUUAACCUCUCAGUACAGUUGCAUGUCUUCAUUUUUUUAUGAAGUCUACUGCAGAAAUGUAGAAUCACUAUCAUCUCAACAGUUACUCAUCUUACGGUGUUAAAAAGAGACAUGUCUUUGUAAUGCUCACCUGAGACAACUCAGGGGCGUUCACGGCCAAGUCGUCUGAUCAAAGUUCUCUGAACCUUUUUUUUUUUUGUCAGUGGCAGGCUCUGAUUGAUAUUCUGAGAGUCUGACAACGAAACAAAAAAGAUCCCUUCAGAAAGAACUCCAAACUGUUUGCCAAAAGCAGCUUUCUUUGUGCACCGGUCUCUUCACAUCCAGCAAACUCUGUGAACAAAAACAGUCAAAUACCAAACAGAAUCCACAAGUUACUGGUCUACAACACUGCCUCAAUCGGUUAGUUUGACUUAUUGUGUUCCUUUGGUGCCCCUCAGUAGCGGAUUAAAGUCCUCAAACAUUUUUCUAACAAACAAUAAUGCUGUUUUUGUCAGUGGAGUCCAGUGGCUUCAAGGGGAGAGAUUCAUGGCUGUUUCUGGAUUUAACAAAAUGAUCUUUCUCAUUAACAAAACAAUGUCUGUGUCUGUAGGGAUCCCGUCUUUUUUGGUGCAAAAACAAGAACUUUAAGUGGACUUAUUUUGAUCAACAUCUGCAGGGUUAACGGCGUAUAACAGCCCAUUACCCUGCUGUCUAAGGAUGCAAUCUACUGCUGCAAUUUAAACAUUAUGUUGUACUUCAUCUAGACCCUAAAAUAUAUUUAAAAAACUUAUCACAGGUUUAAACAAUAUGAACAUUUAUGAAGCCUCUAAGUGGACAUACGUUGACUAAUAAUACGUAAUAUAUGCUAAUAAAUAUAUUUCUGGUGCGCAUCAGAAACUAACCCGUGCUUCCAAGAACAUUUCUGGAGCUCACAAGAAUGUUUUACGCGCUCACAGAAAAGUUUCUCCUGCUGACGAGGGUGUUGAAAAAGUUUGUUGUGUGGACGAGAAGAAACUCUUGAGAUAUCUCCGGCUCACAGACACAUUUCAAAGAUCAUUAGGGCAGAAACUUUCUGGUGUGCACACAAUGCCUUCUUGUAUGAGACAGUUAAAGGUUAGAACAAGAUAGUUUCCAGUGCACAUCAGACGCUCUUUUCUUUUUCUGCCCACUUCCCCUCAGAGGCUCCGAUCGAAAUGAUCCCUUCACCAGAAAGUCAUGUCAUUUUAUUAUCAAGGUUGUCAUUACAGGUAUUAACUAACAGUCUCUUCAUAUAAAUUAUUUUCUCAUUUUGGAGUAAAAAUCUGCCAAGAAAUGUCCUCGCCUUCCUCAUAGUACUAUUUUUAAAAGGUUUCAUUUCAUGUAAAUACUUGUAUAUAUUUGAAAUGCUAUUCCAGAUGUUGGAGAGACAGAAUUGUCUCGUUGUAAAUAAAUAAAGCUUAUA